UUUCAGUUACAUACUCUAAUGACAUGCAGGCGUAUAUCCUGAACAUAUCACAAAACCGUUGAGUGUUUUGUAGCUAAGCUAGUUAGCUAGUCAUCGACAGUGUCAGAAUGCAGCGUCACAAGUCGAGGUGGCACCAGAGUGAGGUUGUCUACGCUUUCGGAUAAUCUGAAUAACGUCCUGCGUCUCCAGAAAGAUUGAAUCGCGGCGAUUCAAAAAUAUCUACGGUAUACUAGCAGAAGAAUGCCUGCCGGCGUAUGUGGAUGUUGUGGGCGCUGUCGGCCACGUUACAAACGCCUGGUGGAUAACAUCUUUCCAGAGGACCCAAAGGAUGGAUUGGUUAAGUCAGACAUGGAGAAGCUGACGUUCUUUGCUGUGUCUGCUCCAGAGAAGCUUGACCGUAUUGGAGAAUACCUUGCUGAACGCCUCAGCAGAGAUGUGGUCCGACACCGAUAUGGCUAUGUGGUGAUUGCAAUGGAAGCGUUGGAUCAGUUGCUGAUGGCCUGCCACUCUCAGAGUAUUAAACCAUUUGUGGAAAGCUUCCUGCAUAUGGUGGCCAAGCUCCUGGAGUCGAGAGAGCCAGAUCUGCAAGUGCUUGGCACCAACUCUUUUGUGAAGUUUGCGAAUAUUGAGGAGGACACACCCUCGUAUCACCGCCGCUACGAUUUUUUUGUUUCUCAGUUCAGUGCCAUGUGCCACUCUACACACGAAGACCCAGAGACUCGUACCAGGAUCCGUGUAGCUGGAAUCAAAGGACUGCAGGGAGUGGUGAGGAAGACUGUGAAUGAUGAGUUGCAGGCAAUCAUCUGGGAACCUCAGCACAUGGACAAACUCAUCCCUUCCAUGCUUUUCAACAUGCAGGAUAACAAUGACUUAGACAGCAGGGGUGGAGGAGAGGAGAACCCUGCCUCUUUGGCUGAGAGCUGUUUUAGGGAGUUGCUUGGGCGAGCUGCUUAUGGCAACAUGAACAAUGCCGUUCGCCCUGUACUGGUACAUUUAGAUAAUCAUCAUUUAUGGGAUCCAAACGAGUUUGCAGUGUCCUGCUUCAGGAUUAUAAUGUACUCAAUACAGGCCCAGCACUCUCAUCAUGUAAUCCAGCAGGUACUGAAUCACCUGGACACUCACAGUAAGAAUACACCACGUGUACGAGCAGGUAUUGUCCAGGUGCUGCUGGAGACUGUCGCUAUAGCGGCUAAAGGCUCUGUUGGCCCCACUGUGUUGGAAGUGUUCAACACCUUGCUGAAGCACCUCCGCAUGAGUGUUGAUUUUGAGCUGGGUGAAGGUUCACGCAGGAACUCAGCAACAAGCCUUUCAUCUGGCCGCGGCAGAGAGAAUGAAGAGCGCAUCGUCCAGAACGCCAUCAUUCAAACCAUUGGGUUCUUUGGAGGUAAUCUACCAGAUUAUCAGCGUGCGGAAGUAAUGAUGUUUGUUAUGGGGAAAGUUCCUGUCUAUGGCACUCCUUGCCACACUCUGGACACUGUUAAAAUUGGACAAAAAGGUACGAAGAGGAUCCAGACUAUGCUCCUCAGUUCUCUUAUUAUGGUAACGUCUGGUUUUAAGUGUAAGACGAUGAGUGCAGGCUUGCCAGCCGCAUUCAUCGAGCCCCUCUGCUCUGUCUCGCUGAUGGAGGACAGCGAGCUACGUCAGCUUGUCCUCGAGAUCCUCCACAACAUCAUUGAUCGUCAUGACAACAGGGCCAAACUUCGUGGCAUCCGGAUUAUCCCUAAUGUUGCUGCCUUAAAGAUAAAGAGAGAGAAGAUCUCCAAACAAGAUGUUCUUUUCAUGAAAAAGCAUGGGCAGCAGUUGUACAGGCAUAUCUAUCUGGGCUCCAAGGAGGAGGACAAUGUGCAGAAGAACUUUGAGCUUCUCUUCACUGCUCUGGCUCUGAUCACCAUAGAGCUGGCUAAUGAGGAAGUGAUCAUCGACCUCAUACGCCUCUCUCUCGCCCUUCAGGAUAUGGCUCUAGCCAAUGAAGAACACAUGUCGAUGUUUAUUCGCUGUGGCAUCAUGGCACUAGUUGCAGCCUACCUCAACUUUCUGAGCCAAAUGAUUGCCAACCCUGCUUUCUGCCAGCACGUCAGCAAGGUUAUUGAACUGAGGAAUAUGGAUGCUCCCUACUUACUCCCUGAACAUGUCUUCCGAGAGAAGUGUGUCCUACCUGAUUCUCUGGAUCCUCAGGACACUGGCAUGUAUUUUCAGACAGCUGAUCUUGUGGAAGCCCUCUCUGGACCAGGAUACAAUGCAGAAAGGCUCCAUGUACCAUACAUACCACAAGCUACAGAUGAAGACCGCUUGACUCGGAGGAAGAGUUUCGUUGAUACCAUUUCCUUACAGGUGGACAUCAUGUCCAACAGCCUACCUGACCAGUCCCACUUGGCAGAAGAGAUUACUUUUGAGACUCUGAAGAAGGCCAUUGACACUACAGGCCUCGAAGAGCAGGAGAGAGAGAAGAGACGGCAGGUGAUGGAGAAGUUCCAGAAAGCUCCAUUUGAGGAAAUUGCUGCUCACUGCGAGUCAAAGGCUAGCAUGCUGCAUGAUCGUUUGGCUCAGAUCUUUGAGUUGACCAUACGACCACCCCCCAGUCCAUCGGGAACAGCUGCUUUGACGUCAGGCCACACGCAGUAUCAGUCUGUGCCCAUCUACGAAAUGAAGUUUCCUGACCUCUGUGUCUACUGACCUUUAACCUUCACUAGAUCCCAGCCUCUCACCUUUAACCUUUGAUCUUUACCAGAUCACAGCCCUGCCAAUUUUACCCUUUUGACCCUCACCAAAUCAUAACCACUCACAAUUUAACUUAAAGCCUUUGCAAUUAUACAGCUUUAAAUACUGACUUUUAAACUUCAGGAGACCAGAACUCUUUGGGGCCUAAAAUCCAUCCCAGCCAAUAAACUACCAUAUAAUUCCAGUUAGGGCUGCAUAGUCUAGCAUUCGUUAAAUGUUAUUGUAAUAAUGGAUACUGAUAUUGCACAAGGCUAGUGUGCAUCUAAGUAUCCCAACUCAUGUCAGACAUUCCAGAUGAGCUGUCUUUUGGGUGUUUCAUAAAUCACAGCCUUCACAUAAUCCAACAAAUGUAAAUAAUUUUGGACAAAAUUGUGCAGGCUGCAGUUUAAACAUAUCAAAUGGAAUGUGAGUUUUAUGUACUACAAGGUACGCUGCAUAAUGUUCCAUAUUAAUCAUAUCACUCAUAACAUCCAGCAAUAUAAUCUCAAUAUAGUAUGUUUGUAUUUUUGUCUGUACUGUGCAGCCCUACUUCCAGUAUUAACAAAUGUCACCUUCAUUCAUAUUCCCUGUUUCCCUAAAUCCCAAACAUGAAAUCUGACCCCUGACCUUUGGCAACAAUGACAAUGACCCCAUACAUGUGUCCAUUUAUCUCUGUGUCAUUUAAGAAAGAUGCUGUGACGUGAUUAGAGACUGCACCAUGCCACACUGCUGAAACAACAGUACAUUUAACAGCCAUUUCAUCAUACACCAGCUCUACAUCAGGGGUGUGUGUCAGUGUGUUUGUGUAUUUACAUAUUUGGGUAUAUUUUUUCUGUACUGGUUCAGAGUCAUUUGAAUGUUGCCUUUUUUUUAUCAGACUCAAAAGGAAGAAGAAAGGCUCGUGACGCCUAAUAGCGUUCUCUAGAGAUGGAAGACCUAAGCACACAGGCAUUUUCACUUUCUCUCUCUUUCUUGCGCUCUCUCUCUGUCUCUCUCUCUCUCUCUCUCUCUCUCUCUCUCUCUCUCUCUCUCUCCCCCCCAGUAGUUAAUUGUAAUACACAAAUUCUCACUUUGUUGCUGGAUCUACACUUUUUUGGAGAUUAGCUAUUAUCAUGGUGAUCAUAUCACCAAGGAGCCCCACCUACACUCGACCAGCACAGCUACUUGCAGCUCCCAAAUAUAGAAACACUGUAUUUAGCCUCCUUUUUGCCUGUGUGAGCGCUAUUUGUGCAGACUGCAUUAAAAUGUAGGAAAAUGCACAUUAGCCAGCUUGUCUAAUGAACAUGUAUAUCUCCAGGACCAGCACCUACCUUUCUGGAGGUCUGUGAACGGUUCUGACUUAAAGCUAGUAUAGGUCAAGAGCGGCUUCCUAGAAACUUACUAAUACAAGAAAUUGGUUCUUCCAAUAUACUGGAAAAACAACAAAUAAUUUAUACACAUAGAAGAUAAAUGUUUAUAUUGUGACUGUUAGAUUAUGCCUAAACUAAGCCUUUGUAAGCUUUUUAUAGACUUUGUUGAAUGUGUUGCUAUUGAUGCACAUUUUUCUCAUUCUUCUAAUAUGCGUGUUUCGGUGUAGAGGAAAUGUCUGAAGAUUGUAGAUGUUUACUUAUAUAGUUGCACUCAUCUGCUGAGCAGCUAUUGUAGCUCCUCAGGUUAGAAAAAUGGAUUUGCAGUUGGAGGAAUAUCAGGCUGCAUCAGUGACUAUGAACAGUGUAAAUGCUUGGAGGAUUCAGAGUGGGUUUAUCGAGUUAUUGUGGGAGUGUUCUGGAAGAGUUAUUUUAUAUCAUAUCGAAGAUGACCAUAUCAUAUGCAGCAUAGUAGAGCUGUUUAGAAAAUAGGCUUGAAUUAUGUCAUAAUUGUUGGGGUGAUUUUGAAUUGUCCAGAAAAAUAACUAAUGAGUCACACCUAUGUAUGAAACGGUAUUGAAAUGUUAGCGUUUGCGCCUGCCCACUGGCGGUUGGCCACUGUUAACUGAUCCAGCUUUGUUGCUGUUUGUGGUGCAAAUCACAGCUGUAAAGACCUGAUUUUAUGUCUCAAGUUUGUACUUGAAGUAAACGGUACAUAUCCAGUAUAAAGCAAAAGAAACAUCUCCGUAAAGUGAGAGUUAUGGAAGAGGAUGUGCAGUUAAAUUGGAUGUUGGGGUUUUGGUGGUUUGGUGGAGCUGAGGUAGACCAGGAACUGUAGAGCACUGGAAACAUUGUGGGUGUUGUAGCAAUGACUAAUUAUAAUGCAAUUAGGUGUUCUAGGGUGAAGGGCACUCACUGUAGGAUGUGAAGGAGGGGGAUAGAUGGGCAUUGAUCUGAUUCUUUGGUCGAGUUGAAGAGUCAGCCUUUGUCUUUUCUUGGAGGGAAGGGUUACCAGGCAGGAAAUGACCACUUUUUUUCUUUUUUUUUUCUUUUUUAACCUGUUUUGGACAGUUUGCUACAUUUCAUUUGAUGUUGCUUAGCUUUGGUUCUGCUUAACGGAAUAAUACCAACAAACAUUUUAAUUAUACACAAAUGUCUGUAUAUUUCUGUCUGUAAUAUUGAUCUGUUUUGUAAAAUUAGUGCAAUAUAUUAUUGGUAUAAAUGGAAAGCUGUUGUCAGUAGGUACAGUGUAAUUUUUGUUCAGUUAUCACCUGUAAUGCACCUUUAGCAAUGAUGCAGUAGAGUAUGGUUGUGUGCAGGUAUGUGUGUGUGUGUGUGUGUGUGUGUGUGUGUGUGUGUGUGUGUGUGUGUGUGUGCACGUGUGGAGGGCAACUCACUCUUGCAUGCUGGUCUUUCUUGUUAUUAUAACAAAUUGGGAGGGCUGUAAUGUUAGAACUAACUGAAGCUGUGAAAAUAUUAGCCUGAAGCUAACAAUGUCAUCGCUUCCAAUUUUACAGUGCGUUACUGUUUUCUGAUGUCGUUGUUGUUGUUGUUUUUGUUUUGAUUUUUUUUCAACUUUCCUUAGUAGUUUGGGGGGGUUUUUU